UCCUUUUUUUGUCCUUUUUUCCUUCCUUUUUUUGUUUUUGCUGCUUUUUUAUUUUUUAACCUCUUUGUUUUCAUGGAUUUGAUCCUUUUUCUGAUGACAAGUUUUUUUCUUAGCAUGCGAUGGUUUACUAAACUGAGCAAAAAGGUGUUGCUGGAACUGGAAGUCACUGGGAAUCUAAAGAGGAAAAAAAGAGGGAAAGAGAGAGAAAGAGAAAUAGACUUGCCAGUCCAGUAAUAACGUGAAGCAUUUAAACGAUGCCUAUUUAUACAUAUGCAACUGGUUUUGUUGUGACAAAAAUGUUAAUUGUUAUGCAUAUUUUUUUUUACAAACCAGAUGAGAUAUGGGCAUAUGGCUUACCUCUCUUUUGCAGAGAUUUUUUUUAUGAUGUUGUUUUGUUUUUUUGGUUUUUUUGGUAUAUAUAUAUAUAUAUGAAAUUCAGAAAUGCAUUUUACAGCAAUGUUUACAAAGAGUUUGUGAUCUUGCAGUCUUGGUGCAGGCCAAUGAGCAAGAUACUAAUUUUGUUUAAUGCUUUUUUGGUUUUGUUUCCUUUUUGGACGCCCGGUGCAAUCAGCAGCUUUUCUUCUUUUUCUGUUUUUCAUGCCCAAUUAUAAUGUGAAACUUUUGUUGCAGCUUGAUACUGUUGAUGAUUUUUAAAUCUUCCCCUCUCCAAAUUAUAUCACAAAAAAAGCCAAAGAUAGUUCCUUUACAGUAUUUCACUUUUUAAAAAUUCUUUUAACGAGAUAAUUUUACAAUGAGUAUCAUAAUGCUGAUAGGUAUACACAUAUAUACAAAUAAGUGCAUUUUCAAAUGAUGGCAGUGGAAGGUUUUCCUGGAGAAUGAAGUGCGGUUUGGUUUCCUUGUCAACGGAAGAUGAAGUGAACAACUGAACAUCUCCCCGGUGCAGAUCAGGCUGGUCAAAGAAUAUCACUAAGAGAGCCUGAGCCCUCAUUCCAUGCAUAGAUGAGGAACUCCUGACUGGGCUACAAACUGGGCUUAGACAGAGGACUAUAAUUCCAUAUGGGCCCCUGAUGCAUAUGGGCCCUAUCUGUGACUGAAGCCUUGGGUAGAGAAAGGAAGAGCACGGACUGAAGUCAAGUGAGACAACCAUGACCGGCAAAACACAGACUAGUAAUGUUACCAAUAAGAAUGACCCCAAGUCGAUCAACUCCAGAGUCUUCAUCGGCAAUCUCAAUACAGCCAUUGUCAAAAAGGGUGACAUAGAAGCAAUCUUUGCAAAGUAUGGGAAAAUAGUUGGCUGCUCAGUCCACAAAGGUUACGCUUUUGUACAGUACAUGAGUGAGAGGCAUGCAAGAGCUGCAGUGACGGGAGAGAAUGCCAGGAUCAUUGCUGGGCAACCACUAGACAUCAACAUGGCAGGCGAACCAAAACCAUACAGACCAAAGCCAGGAAACAAGCGGCCAAUUUCUGCUCUCUACAGGAUGGGAGAAAAAUGCUUCAAACAACUGGGCAAAACAAGACUUGAAUCGAAGGAGCCUUUCCUGUCCGUUGGCAGUUAUGUCUUUGAUUAUGAUUACUACAGAGAUGAUUUCUACAAUCGAUUGUUUGAUUAUCAUGGCCGGGUCCCUCCACCACCUCGUGCAGUGAUCCCACUAAAACGUCCUCGUGUAACAGUUACAGCAACUCGGCGAGGGAAGGCUGUGUUUUCCAUGAAAGGGGGAUCACGAUCUACAUCAAGUGGUACUUCUUCAUCAGGAUCAAAAUUGAAAUCAGAUGAAUUGCAAACAAUCAAGAAGGAAUUAACUCAAAUCAAAACAAAAAUUGACUCUUUGCUAGGGAGACUGGAGAAGAUUGAAAAGCAGCAGAAGGCUGAAGCUGAAGCCCAAAAGAAACAAAUAGAAGACAGUGUCGAAUUACUUCAAGAGGAAUGUAUAUCAGAGAAUGCAGACAACUCUACAGAAGAGCCUAUUGAAGGAGGGCUAGAUGCAGACGGUGACGGAGAAGAGAUGACUGAUGGCAUAGACGAGGAUUUUGAUGAGGAUGGAAGCAGUGAGCUGUUUCUACAGAUCAAAUGAAUUGAGAAUUGGAAACUAAGAAAAGAAUUCAGCAGCUUCCCCACGUGGAAAUGCGAACUUCAGUUCCUCUCUGGCUUUGACUCAAUUUUUAUG